UACGGUCUAAAAUUUUAACAUUUCGACAUUCUCUGAUUUAAAAAAUUUUAAACUUCCAGGUUUUCAGCUUUGUAAUUUAUAAAUUUUGAAAAACCACUUAUGUCUGGUCUGUGGAGUAAACACUGUUAAAAAAGUAAGAAACUCGAAUCGUGUACAAAAGUCUUUAGUCUAAAUAAGUGCGCCACCUGUUCAAGAAGAGGGGAUAUUCAAAAUUUGCCUAGGCACAGAUCUAGAUCGUACGCCAAUGGCAGUACCCCACCAAACGAUGUUAGAUCGGAACUCGUGCACGCGUGCACUAGGAAGGGGUACGCUCGAACGUCGGUAUCGGUACACCGAAUUAUCCACGUUGCUAGGUAAGAUCGUCGCGCGUAAAAUCGCACCGGACAAACCCUGACGUAGUCUGGACCGAACCGUGCGGAAUACAUAUAUACCAGCGACAGUGUCGGUGACUAAAGUAUCGACGGUCGCACUCGUUCUUUUCACUUCGUCCGUGUCGUUGCACAGUGGUGUUCGUAAUCCUUUGAACGUGAACUGGACCGCGAUCGUUUUCAAACAUCGAAUCUUUUUGUCUGUGAAAAAGUCGGAACAUAGAUCGGACAUUCGCGUGCGUUUCCGUGAAACGCCGUUUAAUUCGGUUAAGCGCGGUCCAUUGUUGGAAGAUCGGUCUCUGUGAGAGAUAAACUUAUGCUGUUUUCACGGCCAACGAUACCCGUCAACGCGUACAUCACGAAUGACUAGAUGAUUGCACGCCAGUGUUUCCGCGAUCCGUCCAGUUUGCGAAACGCAUCUUCCCGCGCGGGUAACCGGCACGUGCUCUCACGGGCGGAUAACCGUUUAUCGCGUUACGGUAAUCUUACUUCCGCAAUUAACAAUUAUGUAAUUUAGUUGCGUUUCCGUGGAGACAUCUAUCGUUGCGAAAACUGUGCCUGUCGCGUUCUGCCUGCAACGGAUAACAAUAAAUUAGUGGUGAUACGUUUAUUUGAUUGUGGUGAAGUGUUUUCGUAAGAACUAUGCUUGGACUAAAAAUGCGGCCAUUUUUAAGUGUGUUGAUACUCAUAUCGUUGGCGAAGAGUCGUGAGGAACCCUGCCUAGAAUAUGGAUGUCCAGGCCGACCGCAGUACGAACCUUUUGUACCUGCACCACCUGGGCACACUCCUAACUGUGCGAAGCCUGGUCAAACCUUCUGCGAAACUCUCGAUCAUUAUCCUGAAAAGUUGAUCAAGUUUCUCGUGGAAAAGUGCAACUUCGACUUUAGCUCGGUGCUCAGGGACGAAUCGAAAGACGAUUUCAACAUUUACAGGUCGGUGCCGGAUUACUCCGAGGGUUACGAUUACACGCCACACGGAGGACCACAAAUACACUCGCAACCAUUUCCGUUUCUACCACCGCAGUAUCCUAUCAGGGGACAACCACCUUUAUUUUAUGCGCCCUCUAAUGAUACUCACCAGAAUGGAUACAAAUACAACACUCCAGGGCAAAGGAAUCCAUUUCUAGUGGACGAAGCACCGAUGAAAUAUCAUGCAACCGGCCAACGAACGGGCGAACGUCACUUGUAUCCUCAGCCGCAAUCCUUGAACUCGUUUGGACAGGGUCAAACAUGGUGGGCAAACAGAUACACGCGGAACAGCAAAGCCGCGCCGCGCACGGCCUACGAGAAUCCGUUGUUGAAGUACAGCAAACCGAGCAAGGUGCGCAACAAAAGGCAGUCUAAUCUCGAUUCGAUCGCUCUUUGUCCCACGGAGGCGCAAUAUAUCACGCCGAGGGCAGCCCUGAACAACCAAGGGAACUGGAUGUACGUGGUGAAUGUUCAGGACCAGAAUCAGAAGUACUCGCAGAUUGUCAAGAGCGAGAAAUGCACAACGAACAUGUGCAACGCCAUUUGCUCUGUUCCUGCGGGUUACACAAGCAGAUGCCAACAGCAAUAUGUGCAGAAGAGGUUAGUAGCGCUAGAAGGAAGCGGAAGCCAGCUGUACACCGACGUAUUUUGGUUCCCGCACGGCUGUACGUGUCAGAUUAUGUUGAAUUACUGAAGGACUAUGACCAGCCGGAUCGUGAAAGGUCGAAGAAAGAUUUCUCUCGAGAGCAAACUCGAGUCGAAUGUAUACCUAAACGCAAAUAAGUGGCGUAACGACGAUUCUCAUCGCAAGUGUUCAACAAAUAUUCAUACUGCAAUGUAAAGGAGAAAUGUUCAACUUAGAGUUCUAGCUUUUGAUUCUUGAUAAUCAAAGAAAAUGUAUAAAAGAGUACGCGUUGUAGAGAUUUAUGUUCAGAAUUUGUUAAUGUGAAAAUCAAGAUGGAGGAACAGAUUUGAGAUAGAAAAUGUACUUAAUUAAUUUUGAAAUACUUUUAUUUAAUUAUUUGUUUACUUAACUACAAUAAUUGUUAGUUACUUGAUGUCGGUUUAAAUAAGAGUUAAUUGUACUGAUACGAUACGAAUAUUUAUAAACUAGUUUGUAAGUUAGAUAACUGUUUAUAAAUAAAUAUUUUACAACUUAAGGAGGAUUAUCACAUGUAAUUGAAUUGUAUGGCCUUUUGUUUCGAAGUUUGUACAAUCUGUCAAAGUUUGUACAUUUAUAAUAUUGUAAUUUAACUUGUUCGAAAAUAUGACAGAAACAUAUUGAUUUUCAUAAAUAAUUUAAUGAAAUAGAAAUAUUGUGCGUACUUAAAUUUUGUAUGAAUGACAACUGGCGCCAACUGGCGGCGAACGACAGAAUUAAUAAGAUACAAAGUACUUUCUUUUUAUUCAAAUAAUCAACUGUUAUACUUCAUUAGGACUAGAACCGCAAACAGUUGUAAAAAGAAUUAGAAUCCAUUAAUUUCUUUUGCAAGAUAUCUAAGAUAUUUUAGAGUAGAUUCUGGACUUGUAUUCUAAUAUAUCAAUUGCAUUUACUGUUUCUGAUAGAAAUUAAAAUUAGUAAUAAGAGCAAAAAUACUAAAAUAGUCGACAUGUGCAAAAACACUUAUUGUUAGUUUAAGAAACUUAAGCAAGCACUGCUCAGUUUGAGCGUUCACCGUAAGAUGGCGACAGCGGUACAGUUUCUAUAUUGUACAAUAAUGCGAAAUAACGUGUAUCAUAUAAGGUAAUAUACGCUAAUGUAGCAGGCAGAUUAAUGAAUUUUAAAAACAAAUAAGGUGAAAGAAUAGUAUCUUAAAAUUAACAGUACCAUAAAUAACUCAAGUAACAAAACUCUUCCGUGAACAUUAAAUACAUUCAGUACAUGA